AUGGAAGGCGCUGAAGAGCCCGACGAAGAUGUCGCAACAGAAGAUGCCGAACUCGUGCAAGAUAUCGCCCAAAGAAAAACUCAAAGACAAGUUGUCGAAGCUGAGGAAGCAGGACUUGCAGAAGAAGAAGGCGCAGAAGAGAAGAACAUCAUGAAAAUGACGUCGUCGUCGUCGAAUGUAAUGAGCUCGCUGAAGAAAGGAUUGCAGAAGCAGAGAUCGAAGAAUUCGAUGGGGGAAGAUAAUGGAGAGCCAGAAAACGACGAGGACGAGGAAGACAUAUUGAUGAGAGAGACUGAUCAAGAAGACGACCCAAACGGCCUUCGUGAGGGCGUACAAGAAGUGCAAAUGGUACUCAGAAUUGAGCAAAAAUUCAGGGUGCUAAGGGAGUUGGNGGGGGGGGGGGCACGCGGCGGCGUGGCGCCUUUUCAUGUCUGUGCCCUCUCCGGUGAGAUAGUAGACAAGCAAGAAUAG